UUUAUAAACCCCUGUCCCGACUCUGCCAUUUAGCUUGUGAGCAUCCUGAGAGGACAAUACCAGGCGACAGAAUGAAUUUUUCGAAUGCGUGGUUAUUAACAGCCCAGCUACUUUUGCUCGGGCUGCUAUUUAUAGAUAGGACUGCAACCACAGAUGAGGUCAUCUGCCCUCCCAACACCCAAUAUGGCUGCAAGCGAAUAUGCUUCAGUAACUGCGACAACAUGAACAGUACAACGGAAGCAUGCAUUUUACUAUGCGAGCUUGGGUGUGACUGCAUGGAGGGUUAUGUAUUCAAGUCUAAGGACUCCUCUGUCUGUGUGCCUGUCUCUGAGUGUGCAGUUAUUUGCCCCCAAAACAUGGAAUUCCGUCCCUUUAACCGGCUGCCACAGGAGACCUGCAAGACCCUGGGGAUCCACUACACACCAUUAAAGUCCGACUUACUACGCUGUGUUUGCAAAGAUGGAUAUGUACUUUCUAAUGAGCCUACACCCACCUGCAUAAAGAAAAGCCAGUGUCCCAAAUAAAUGAAUAAGACAGCCACCAAUCAGUGAAUCGAUCAACAUGUGUA